AGAUCACAAGAAGGCUUUACUGUGCCUCCUUCUGGGGUUUUUAAACCAACUUCUCAGCACACUUUACUUUAUUCCACCAGGAGGUAUCGGAGGGUAACAAGGGCUCUCCUAAUGAAUUUGGGGAUCAAACACUAACAGAAAACCAAUGGCAUCUUUUGGAAUCUCCCGGACACACUGCACCCCCCUGGCUGUAACCCUGCUGUUAGCACUGGGUAAGUCAAUCUUGGCAUCAUUCCUCUCUCUUAAUCUCAGAAGGCCAGUGAUAGACUCUUUUAUUUUGACACAUAGAGUUAGAAUGUGGGAUUUAUUAACUAAACAGUGAAUGGCGAUGAACUGAAAAAUGAUUUUCCAAAAUUAUGGGUAAAAUAGAUAACUAAACAAUCCAUGUUAUGUAUAUUCCCAAUUUUGUUGAACUUUGCUUGUUAUGUAGUGAAAAACAUUGAACUUCAGUGAAUUAAAAAUAGAACUUCAAAAUUUAGGCACAAAUAGCGUGUUUAGAAGUAAAAUUCAAUUCAUCUAUGGUCACAACUUGGCUGUUUUAUCCUCAGUUCUUCCAUUUGGAUUUAAUUUGUUACCAUUUGUAAUUUAUUGAAUAGCCUUGAUAGUGUUACUUGUAUCUAUUAGUCACUGCAAGAAAACUUUUUUGUACUGUAUAGUAAAGCACACAGUGCGAACUGCAAGGGGUGUUAAUCCUAUUUUAACUAGUACAGGCGGCAUGUUUCAGGAUGAUACUAAAAUGAAAUUUGAUUCAUGGUAGUUGUAGUGCAAGGUAUAGCACUAGCUACCCAUGUUUUUUAGCAAUGGUUGCUGUAUAUCCAGUUAGUGAAGACACCCAUUUAAACAGCAAUGGAUUGUGUCUCUGUCAUUUAUUUAGUAAAUGGUUACCUGUUCUUAGUUGACAAAGACUUGCAAUCUUUUACCGGUGGUGGACAAAUAAUAGAUCCCCAGAUGUUGGAGGACUGCGACUACCAUAAUACGUUGCCAUUCUAAAGCCUGACAAAGUGUCAUGGCAGUCGUAGUUCUAUAAAAUCUGAGAAUCUACUUUUUGCCCAGUGUUUUAGUCAAAAAUAGGUGUCUGUUGCUUGAUCACAAGCCCUAUUGUAGCCUGAAAAGAAUGAUGGUAGUUGCAGUACAGUACAAAUAUGGGCGAGGGUCCUAAAAAUGGCCAUUCUUAUCCCAUUGAGGAGUACGUUCCAUAUUGCUUUUCACAACCUGUAAAUACUGCCCAGCCUCUAUAUGCCUUACUAAUGCACACCAAUGGUUCAUAAAUAACCCAUUGGAAUGGAACAGAAUUGGUUUUGUGCUUCGAAGACAGGGAAUAAGACCCAUUGGCCUUUACUAAUCUAUCAAUGUGUUCUGUGCUCAUCUUGUGCCGGUCUUGGAGGGACUCUCAUUUUAGGAUCCAAAAUCCCUCUAUACUGUUCUGUUGUAUGUAUCACUGGUUCACAGUUCAUAGACCUCUAAUUUGAAAGACAGUUCUGAAUCAGAGACCUUAAUCCUGAUUCCUGAGCUAAAAUAGCAAUAUCUCUAAAUUCAUUAAGUAAGACAGUAAGGCAUCUAUGGCUAUGAAAAAAACAACAGGUAUAGAUGUGGAAAAGUGGUCCAAAGUUUAAAAGGUUGGUUUCCAUGGUAAUCUUUACAAUUGGCAACAUUUUCUUUUAGUAGCAACACUUUUAAGAAUUUUCCUAAUGACAUUCUUAAAACCAUGACCAUGUUUUAGAUAUAAAAACAUGGUUACUGCCUCAAUAAUCCAUGAAGAUAUAAUUGUACUUUAAGACUCCAGUAGACAGGAGUUUAAAUGUAAUUAAUAAAAUGUAAACCUCCAUAUUUGCUGUAAGUGAAUAGAACGCAAGUGUCAGUUACCUCUCAUUAACAUAGUAACUAGCGCAGAACUGUACAUAUGAUAGGAAUGCAGAAUUUCACAACAUCUAUAUUUUGUGAUUGUAUCAUGCUUGUUUACUGUGAGAAUGACAAGGGCUUCUGUUUUCUCGAUGGCUGGGGAAAAUGUCAAAAGUCACAGUGUCCGGACAAAUAUGUGACCUUAUACACAGAGUAUAAAUUAUAUUCUUCUCAAGAUAUGCCAAAAUGCUCUCAUCAUUUAUUUUUAGCGAUUGAUGCAUGAGGUCUCAUUUAUUUAGUUAUUUAUGUUUGUAUUACAUAUCCAUUAUUGAUUUUUUUUACAUGAUGUAGAGAUUUUAAUAUUUAUUAGAUUCAGAGACCAUACAUGCAAUUUAAAAUAAUGUGGUUGUAGAUUUGCAUUCGAGUUUAUCAUGCUGUUCAUAGGUCUUGUGAAUUUUUAAUGUCUUUAGUAUAUGGAAAUACCAGAAUUCCAGAAUUUGGAGUGUUUGUUUUCCAGCCAUCAAAGCUCACAUUUUCAAUCAAAUUAUCCUUAAGCAAGAUUGCUACAUUAUUUUAAACUGGACUUUUUUUUUUUAGAUAGAUCAUUAUUGCGUUGGCCUUGUAAUUUUUCUUAAUUGAAAAAUACUAAAUUAGCAAUGCCAACAUUUUAUAUUUCUAACUGUGUUGCCUGAUCACAGCUCAUGUGCAAAUGUUUCAUUUUAUACUUUUAAGAACUUAAGAUCUCUCACCUUGAUUGAAAAUCUAAAGUGUUCUGUUGUGAUCAGAAAACACGCUGGGAAGACAAAAAGUGUCACCUGUCACAGGACAAACCAAUAGAUGUCCUAUUCCAACAUGACAGCUGUAAGACUUGUAGAUUGUGACACCCAUUGUAUCACAAUAAUUGAUGUGUAUAUGUGCAGCACUUAUCACACGUGCUUACAGAGCUAUUAUGGCUUCGAGCCAAUCACACUAUGCCUAAUGUACUUGGCAGGGGUUUGUACAGCUAAUGUAAGUGCAAUUAUGUCCGUAAAAUGUCAAAAUGCUGCUGAACUGCUUUAAAUAAUAUCGACAUCGCAUAUUGUCAGCCUUUAUACUCUAUUAGGUAAUGUAAAUAUUAACCCAUUAAGGACCAAUGACAUCCUAUGACAUUGUACAAUCUAGUAUUUAAUUAUCCAGUUCCAGAAUGAAAUGUCCGUUCUUUGAAUGGCUGUUGGGAUUUAUCAAACAAAUAAAACAGCCAACAACAGAAUAAAGCCAUUUGGCUGCUUCACCAAUUCGAUGUACAAUGUGAUAGUCAUAUAAGGUAGAACAGGCAAUGAUAUAAGGACAUUUAUGUAAAGUCAUCUAACCGCCAAGUCAAAUUGAUGUUUUUAACAUCAAAUAUACUUUCCACAAAAACAGUUACAGUUAGAUGGCCAUGUUUAAGAACUCUCAAAGGUCACCUCACCAUCAUGAAGUCAAAACAGUCCUCCACUCGAUGGGAUGGAAAAGUCACUUUUUGGGGAAGAUGCCACGUUUGGCAGAGUUCUUGUGUCAUGCCUAGAUCAAUCAAUAUUUGGCUAAUUUCUACAAAUUGAAACAAAAAUGCAAUACUACAUUUUGAUAAAAUCAUGGUCGUCUUUUUAAAUCUUCCUUAUAUAUUUUCUCCCCACAGUUCUCCCUCCAGCCCUGGCAAUUGAAGUUUAUACAGACCGCGAAGUAUAUGGUACAGUGGGAUCAAAGAUCACCCUAUCAUGCACAUUCUGGUCAAGUGAAUGGAUCUCAGAUGAUAUCUCUGUGAGCUGGCAUUUUCAACCUGAAAACAGCAGGGACACAUACUCAGUAAGCUAUAUUCUCUUCCAUAUAUCUAUAUUGGCGAGACUUCCAUGCAUCCAUCAUGGAGGGUCACUUGUGUUUCUCUCCUGACGCACAAUUAACUAACUGCAUUCUAUAAUGCUCUUAAUUGAGUCCGUUAUGUUAAUCAACCCUGUGUAAAUAUAGAAGAAAUUACAAAAUCAUUGCUUCAGACCAUAAACCUUCACAUAUAGUAAUAAACAUGCAAAUCUAUUUUAGUAGAUCAGCCAAACAUAUUUUGGGACUUCAUGAUAUAUGUCCACCCAGAUACCAGGUACAAACCCCACACAGAUACUUGUACAACAUUUUCAAAUAUUCAGAUCCAUAAAUGUGAUUUUGUCAUCACCUAAACUCUGCCAUUAGAUAACAAAUCUCUUUCCCAUAGAUAUUUCACUAUGCCAAAGGUCAGCCCUACAUCGAUGAUGAUGGCAUUUUCAAGGACCGCAUAGAGUGGGUUGGCUACCCAAAGAGCAAGGAUGGUUCCAUUGUCCUCCACAACCUUGAAUACACCGAUAAUGGUACCUUCACCUGUGAUGUGAAGAAUCCACCUGAUGUAGUGGGGAAGUCUUCAUACGUCCACCUGCUUGUCCAUGAUAAAGGUGAGAUUUGAUGCUGACCAAAGACCUUAAUCUUGGACGUCUGAACAGGGUUCUCUCCACUGUCUGCUGCUCACAUACAUGAAAGGUCAAUAAAUAUAGUCUUGCAUUUAUAUGGAAGUCACUGAUUGCCAAAAUCUAUUCUUAAAGGGACCUGAACAACUUUGGCUUAAUGAAGCAGUUUUUGUGUAUAGAACAUGCCCCUGCAGCCUCACUGCUCAAUCCUCUGCCAUUUAGGAGUUAAAUCCCUUUGUUUAUGAACCCUAGUCACACCUCCCUGCAUGUGACUUUCACAGCCUUCCAUAAACACUUCCUGUAAAGAGAGCCCUAUUUAGGCUUUCCUUAUUGCAAGUUCUGUUUAAUUAAGAUUUUCUUAUCCCCUGCUAUGUUAAUGGCUUGCAGGACUUUGCAAGAGCCUCCUCUAUGUGUUUAAAGUUCAAUUUAGAGAUUGAGAUACAAUUAUUUAAGGUAAAUUACAUCUGUUUGAAAGUGAAACCAGUUUUUUUUUCCAUGCAGGCUUUGUCAAUCAUAGCCAGGGGAGGUGUGGCUAGGGCUGCAUAAACAGAAACAAAGUGAUUUAACUCCUAAAUGACAGUGAAUUGAGCAGUGAAAUUGCAGGGGAAUGAUCUAUACACUAAAACGGCUUUAUUUAGCUAAAGUCAUUUAGGUGACUAUAGUGUUCCUUUAAUGUUUUCACUGAUAUUAGUGGCCAGUGUUAGUGACUCUUACAUAUUAACUCUCUAAUAGGAGAGUAGGCUAUUGUUAGAUCAUAGCCUAUGUGCAGUCGUCAUUAAAAAAAAAAAAAAAACAGAUUCGCUUAUUAACUCCACCUUUGAUAGAGAUUUGCAACAUACAUGCUCUAACCAUGCCAUAACCUCAUCGAAAACAAAAAUACAGCAGUCUGAGUUGCCGUUGUAAAGGCAUGACAUCUAUUACAGCUAUUGUGAGUUUUAUAUGACACAUUUCCCAGAAUCCUCUUGCCUUGCUAAAUGUCUAUGUAUCCUGUCUUGGUAGCCCCAGCCCGUGCAGGAUUGAUUCUAGGCAUCAUUAUCGCAGCUGCUCUAGUCUUGGUUAUUGUGGUGGCAGUUGUCGCUUACCUCAUUCGUUGUUGCUGGGUGAGAAGACAAGCACGUGUAGCAAGGGAACUCAGGUAGGUGCUGACUGUUGACACCCAUUUAAAUUAAAUUAUAGAUUACAUUACUACUAAUUAAAUUCUUUCCAUUUUUUUCUUUUAAUAUCCUGUCAGGGUUAUACAUUAAAGCCUGAACAGCUGGAAAUUCAAAGCACAUUUUAAAUUAAAGGCCAAAAUAGUUUGGGCCAAAUUCUUGUUGAAUUCCAGACAAAUUCUCAAUUAAAAACUCUUCCUCUUCAAUACUCUUUUUCUUCCUUAUAAAUGUUAUGAUAUGUUUUAAAUAAUUGUAACAUAUCUAGUUUUGCCGUGACAAUAUCUGUCUCCUGUUUUCAGUGCUCUGGAGAGAGGGAAGCUUCAUAAAUCAUCUAAAGAUUCCAAGCGUAGCCGACAGGUAAAGAUUAAUACUCAACAUAAAAUGCAAUGCAACAAAUUGAAAUAACUUGACACUCGAUGGUCAGAUUCCAUUAUCUCUGUAACAGAACAUUCUAGGCUAGGAUUCUAAAUGUUUGGUAAAAUAAAGGAAAAACAAAAAUUAACACUUCCAGUAUUGUUGAAACAUCAAUGUAUGACAUUUUAAAUUGGUGCAAAAUUGGUGUUAAAUCCCUCUACAGUACUAACAGUUAGAAGCUGUGAUGGGUAAGAAAAACAAUUAGGGUGUUUGGGAUAUGGUGCAGACUUCAAGUUUUCUCAAGGCUCCAAAAUCUAAUUAAGUUCAUUUUGGAAUUUUUGUUUUGCUUUGACUCUCUUUGUAUCACAGAAAAUAUGGCUGUGAUUCUGUCUGACACUGAUUGGGUGUCUUUCUCUAAACGUCAAUUUACCCUUUACGCGUUCUCUUCAUAUUUCAGGUGUUUUGACGGUGUUCCAACCUAUUGCUCUGUUCUGGUAGUAUUCUUUGCCUCUCAGUAUCUCCUAUCAUAAUGUGACGUUAGUGCCUGUUCAGUGUGCUAUUAGCUGACGAGAGGAACAAAAGAAAUGUCAAGAGUCAUACAAAUUAAAACAUAGUCCAUUUGCCCUAUUUAAAAUGGAAUUAAUCUGCUGGAGCUAGCCAAGACUGAAGAAAUCUCAAGUGGUUUGGAGUUCUAAAGACUCCUGAUGAUUAUCAUCACUUGGCCGUUCUCCGAGCAUGUAUAAUUUAGAAUAGCCAAAGACCACCAACAUAUAAGUAAAGGAUAAACAUUUAGUUAGUAAAUUAUAUAUUGUCCUAGCUUAAUGACCGUUAUACUUCAUAAACUAAAAUUCACUAUUCUACUCUUUUUCUAUCUUCCAGACACCCAUCCUCUAUGCAAUGCUUGACCAGACCCGGAGCUCCAAGCCAUCCAGUGAUAAGAAGUCCAAGGGAGGGUUGGGGGACUCACGCAAAGAUCGGAAAUAGCAAUUAGCAGGCAGGGAAGGUACACAUAAGGCAGACGAGGAGUCCCCUCGCAGUUCCAAGGUGGUCUACACCAUUGAAAUGGAAAUGAGAGGGGACCAAGAAGGGGAUCAACCCCACAGAGCUGCUGUAAAGUCUCCCAGCAAAAACAGCCUCAAAAACGCCUUAAAGAAUUUAAUCAAAAGUGAUUCAGAAAAACAAACCUAAUUAAUAAAAGAGCAUUGGGGAUUUGGGGGUUUCCUUAAGAAUUUGGAGUUUGCCCAACUAAACAGAUAGCAUUUUAUUUACUUCCCAAAUCAGAUCCUAUAGAAUGAUUCAGCCAUUUCUCUAGUCGAUGAAUAACCAAACUAGAGCAUCAUCUUACUUAUUUAAGUAGUGGUCCAUAAGGCUGUGGUUGACCAAUAAUUUGUCUUUGCUUGGCUACCUCAGGUUAUAAAUAUAGAUCAAUAUCUCCUGUGGCUAUAAAUGUGAUUUUGUAAGGUCACCAAACACAAAACUGAGGCCAUGUGAAUUGCAGGCGACAAAUAAACAACCCACCCAAGGAUAAGCCAGAUCAUUUGCACUACAGACUGUUCUAAUUCUAUGUCCUAUGAGAAGAAAAAAAGAAGCAUUGGACAAAUGAACUCCAACAUCCAAAGAUACCAAGUAAUGUUGGUGGAAUUCCCCCACAUACUCCCAAAUCCUCAUUGAUUCUAUGGUGCUGUUAAUGCCUUAAAAUAACCUAUUUUUUGUCGAGCAUAUACCAUCGUGUACCUUUCCCUGCGGGAAACUUGCAAGAACUAUCCGAGAAAACAUGGAUUAAAGUAGGACUAGUCUGGGUUACAGAGAAGCUCAACUCAACCACCCCAGGAGUAACUGCAAUGCAAAGAGCAUAGUUUGCUUUCUGGGAAUACACACUCAUAGGAAUAAUUAUUAUGGCCAAGGUAAAGACCGAACAGGGUUAAUCGGUAAAUAUAGGAACAUUUGGGAGUCAGUUCCAUUAAGCAGUGAUUGACACAGAAUUCACAUCAAACAGGAGGCACUUUAUUUAAAUUCUUCUAGAAGCAAGCAGCAUUUCAAUAACCUAUAAAGUAAACUUUCAGUAACAUCUGGCAUGAUUCAUUAAGGAUCCACAAAUGCCACAGUCUACAAGAAGUUAUACACCAUGAUUUUUUAUGUUUUUGCUUUCUUAGUUUUCAAGACAAUCUCUAUUCAAUCAUGAAUAGUCUUCCGAAGUUCCUGUUACCCGACUUGGUCAUAUUAAAAUCAGGGGUGUUCAGUCACGGAUGUCGAGCUGUUGUUGGACUAGAUUUCCCUCAAUUCUCUGGCCGAGAGUCAUGGGUAAUGUAGUCUUACUGAAGCUUAAAAGUAAAGGAAGGACACCCCUGUAUUGAAUUCUGGUCAUUUUCAGCUGCGUUCUGUUUAGGUUAUACUUGCUAGCAAUGCAUUCUGGAACUUGACCUGUGAUAGUGGACAAACAUGGAGUCUUGCCAAGCCACGCAGCCUAUUUAGAGAAUUUAUGGUGUCCUUGGUGAAGAUUGCAUGUCUAUCCAAAAAUUUCACUUCACUGUGAAGGUACAAAUAUUGCCUUUUUUGCCUCUCUCCUGGGCAAUAUUUCUACUGUCUUAAUCCCUUCUGCUAUCGAAAUGACAGUAAACGGGGUUAUGUCACGUGGCCUUUUUAACCUCAAAUUUGCAUGCGAGGCCUGUCACGGUCUAAAACAUGAUUUGGCGUUAAACACGGUCCUUAAAACUGUCCUCAAGUUCUUGCAUGUUAUUUAGUGAGAUAACAGGAACCUAGGGUGGCUGCGAAGGAUACAGUUACUGGUACAUUCCCUGAUUCCUCAAAUAUUCUUGAGUUCUCUGCAGGCCCUGGGUCUGAAGUUAGAUGUAGUUUAAUAUACUUUGUUGAGUUAUUUCUAUGUUGUCGAAACUUGUCCUUUUUUAUGUUUCUCUUUUUUCCUAUCAUGCUGCACUGUUUCGUCCUUUCAAGCCAAGAAAUGGAGACAAAAUGAAGUUUCUUUGGCUUUGUUCUGUAUUCAUAUAAAUAAAUAAAAAAACAAAAAUCAAGUAAACAGUUUCUCUUCUACACUGUUACGGCCCUGUGUGAUUAAAAAUUAACUACUUUUACAUUAUUAUUUUUAUUUGCAUGACAUCUCUUUGGGAUUUUCUUUCAAUAGCCAAUUCAAAGUUUAGAAAAAUGAAGCUUGACAUUUUCCAAAUGUUGCAAUGCAUUCUGGGUCAUUUCCACAGCACGCCAAGUAUGAACCGCAUUAAAAAAUAUAAUUGUAUUUGCAAACUUGUCAUUGGUAACUUGUGUAUUAUAAUGCCAUUGGUAAUGUCCCGGAUCCGAAAAAAGAGGUCAAAUUAAAGUAUUUACUUGUGUCAAUGUAGAAGCAAAGCAUUCUGGGACACACAGAGCAUUGGAACCUAUUGUGGCAUAUUGUGGACAAUGAUUUAAGAAGUAACUCGACGUAUUAAUGGGUCUGCCAAUGAGCAACGAGAUUUAGAGUGCUUUGUAAACAUCUGUCAAUUGCUUAUUCCAAUUAUCUGUAAAUACAAUAUCAGAAGACUGAAUUUCUCUCCAUAUCUUUCUCUCUCUCACUCUCUCUAUAUAUAUGUAUGUAUAAAAUGUAUAUAAAAAGGUGUAUAUCCUUCACUACCCCACAAUGCACACAGCCAAAAACACCAUUAAAAAUGUUAAUAAAAACUGACAUUUCUGGGAAAAACAAUCUCUGACUUUUAUUUUGU